AUGGAAGAAAACGCUCCCCCCGCCGAAGUCCAUGAUCGUGAAGAAGAAGAAGAUGAAGAUGAUGCGCUAUCUCUCUCCGAUCUUCCUAUGAUGAGUAAUGAUCCAUUAAUCGACGAAGUUAAUCCUUCAACCUGCAGAAAAAUCCUUCCGCGCCGAUCAUCGUCUGAACCGGCCGACUUUUUCGAGUUCUUACACACAGAAGAUUCAAAUUCAACCAUGAUGUCGCACGCAGAAGACAUCUUCUUCUGCGGCAAGCUUGUACCAUUCGAUCCGUAUCAUGAACAUGAUCACUUGAAGAAACGGCAAAGCUUCUACCGACGAAGAUCCGAAUCACUUCCGGAUCCAAUCAUAAACAAACCUAGAGUCAGAGGAGGUGUUAGAACAACAGAGAUUAGAACAGAGGAAGAGGUGAUUCCUCUGAUUCGCCGUAAGAAAUUGAGAAGGAAUUUCAGUUCGUUAUCAUCAUCGGAGAAAUCAUCAUCGUUGAUUAUUCGUAGUAAUAACUCGUCGACUAAGAGUAAGAGCUCGGUUAAAUCGGAGAUUUCAACAAGGAGUUCGAUAAAUUCUUCGACGUCGAAGCCAAUUACUACUACAUCGAGAUGGUUGUUUCUGAUAUUUGGAUUUGUGAAACCCUUGCCGGAGAUGGAACUGAGUGACAUUAAGAGCCGGCAAGUCCGGCGUGGUCCGACUUCAAUAUUUCCUCAUUUUGUCGACGGGAAGAGAAAGAGAGCGGCGGAGGGAAAGCGGAGAAGCUCGUCUUCUUCGUCAUGGGGAUUGCUCAGUGUGUUGAGUUGCAGAAACCAUGCCAGCGUUGCUGUAACGACGCCGUUUGGCUGCCUUCCUUCCUAA